AUGGCAUCCGGCGAUAAAACACCUUCUCGUCUUCCUGGCCCCAAAUCUGGAAUUGCUCGGAGCAAACCCAUGCUCAGGGAGCAGUCUGUUACCUCAGGAGAUGAAGAAUCGCAACUCAAAGACAGUAUAAAAGACUUUGACUGGUCCCAGCUCGAAAGCGUUUACAUACAAAUGAUGGAACAGCAUGAGAAAUCCGAAGAAGAGCUCCGCAACCAUAUUACGAGACUGCUCCAGACUACCGUUGUACACGACGAAAGCAGAGCCGUGAAAAGGUUGGUUGUCUCUUUCAGAAGGUUCAGAACGCAGAUGCACCAUGUCCAGAAUUCUGAAGAGAGUCUGGAGAAGAAGAGAAGACACUAUAUGGAUGUUGUCAAUGCAUUUGAGCGUGCACUUGCACUUUUGAAUGAUCGUGCGAAACCUUAG